AUUAUUUUGUACCUAUAUAUUGGCAACCUGUUAUCUUGCAAUUCGAUCUCAACUCAAAUUCCGUAUGGAGUCUUCCUCUUGGCCAGAAAGUUUACCAGGCAAUCGGACCAAAGCCAUGCAAGAGCUCACACAAGGUCAAGUAUUGAUGAAUAAGCUUCAAGAAAUGCUCGGUCAACCAGAAAAAAUCGAGUUUGGUUAUAACUCAGUUGACGAUACACUGGUGCAAAUAGUGGGUAUGUUCAAUAAGACCCUUUCAAUCUUGAGCUCGAAUUCUCCUAACUUCAAUAGGAUUCCUCAAAAUCGAACUCACGAUACGAAUUCUCCAAAUAAUUGGGAUGACCAACGGUCAGAAAAUUCUAUAGAAAGCGUUAAAACAGUGAUGCCGAUAAAAACUAAAAGAGGAUGUCAUAAAAGAAGAAAAAGCUCUUCGAUAUUUACUAAGGUAACGUCUACUUUGAUUGAUGAUGGAUAUGCUUGGAGAAAGUACGGAGAAAAAGUGAUUAUCAACUCAAAAUACCAAAGGCAUUAUUAUAGGUGUACGCACAAGUUUGAGCAAGGGUGUCAAGCAACCAAACAAGUUCAAAAGACCGACGAUGAGCCACCAAUGUAUAGGACAACCUACCAUCGACACCACACUUGCAAGAAUUCACAAAGAGGGCAUCCAAUCAUUUUGGAUUCUCCAAACUCCUGGGACAGUUCUGUUCUUUUUAGUUUUGAAACAAAUACAAUUAUCAAUAGGAAACAAGUUCGUCCUUUCUCCUCCUCGACUAAACAUAAGCCCGAGGAGGGUUUUUCUUGUUUAAGCGUGGACUACAACAAAGUUUCGUUGUCUAAUUAUAAUACAUGGGAUCAGGUCACACAAUCCAUACAGAUUCCUUUGGAACCUAAGUCUAUGAUGUCAUCAGGGUUAGAUCAUGAGGACAUGGUCUCCCCCGGGGUAUACUCAUCUACAUGUAGCACACAUCAAUAUGAGACUAAAGAUGUGUUCAGAAGCAAUGAUAUUAGUGACUUCUGACUUAUUAUGCAAAUAGUUAGUUUUCAUUUUGAAUAAUAUGUAUCUUCAACAUAUAACAUAUAGAUGGCAUUUA